AUUGUUAACAAAUUAGCGCAAGAAUUACAUUUAAAGAAAUAUCAAUCUCGAUGUCUCUGUGGUUAUAUUUCAAAAAAUGUGAAUGAGGGAAAAAAAUUCUGUUGAAAAUAUAUUUUUCGAAUAGGAAAUUGUGAGGCGCCAUUUUUUAAAUGUGUUUAUGGCGUACCAAACUUGCUGUCCUGGAAAAAGUAAAUUGCUGAUGUUACGUCUGCUGGGAAGGAUAUCAAUGGAGAAUUUCUACCUCCUCAGAGAAUAAAGCUUACAUGUAAUAUAUAUAUAUAUACAUUUUGUUUUCAUUCAGUGUAUUUGAAAGUAAACAUGUAUCACCAAGAAUUACAUAAUUUAUGAGUUAAAUUAUAUGAGGAUCGGAGUAAUUAACAUCUUCUAAGCAAGAAUGCAAGUUCCCUCGGUGCUACCGGUAUUUCUUGUUAAAGAGAAAUUUAAUGUAUGUGGUGACGUACAAAUGAUUCAAAAGCAGAAUAUAUCUGUUACGUGUAAUAUGUCUCUUCCAAGUGCAAGUGAUUUAAGUAGCGAUGUUCCUAAUGCAAAUUGUUUAAGCAAUAAUGUUCCUAGUGCAAAAGAUUUUAAUAGUGAUGUUCCUAGUGAAAAUAGUUUAAGUAGUGAUGUCAAAGAAAUAAAACCUUUUGUAUGUGAAAUUUGCCAUAAAUGUAUUGCUAUAUAUUCAGUUGAAAAACCUCAUAUAUGUGAUACAUGUAAAGUUUCAAUUCAAAACAAAAAGGAUGUAAAUAGUGAUGUACUAGUUCUUGCAGAUAUGAAACCUUCUGUAUGCGAGAUGUGUCAUAAAUGUCUUGAUAUAUAUUCAACUGAAAAACCUCAUCGAUGUGAUGCAUGUAAAGUUUCAGCUCAAAGCAAAAAGAAUGUAAACAGUGAUGUACUAGUUCCUAAAGAAAAAAAAUCAUUUGUAUGUGAUGUAUGUCAAAAGCAGUGCAGUGGAAAACAGUACCUAAAUCAGCAUAUGCGUACCCACACUGAUCUCAAGCCAUAUAUGUGCACCGUGUGCCCCAGGACGUUUCGAGACAAACUUCACUUUAUUUCACAUACACGUAGCCAUACGGGGGAAAAACCUUUUGUUUGUGAAACAUGUAACAAAGCAUUUUCAGCAAAGAAUAAUUUAGUAAAGCAUAUACGCAUACACACGGGGGAGAAACCUCAUGGAUGUAGCACGUGUGACAAAUCAUUUUCGAAUAGGAGUGACUUAAAAAUGCAUAUACGGAUUCAUACAGGUGAGAAGCCAUUUAAGUGUGAAAUAUGCACCAAGGCAUUUGCUAAGCACAAUGAUUUAGUUUAUCACCGUCUCACUCACACAGGAGAGAAAUCCCACAAGUGUGAUAUCUGUGGCAAAGCAUUUGCUCUAAAAAGUAAUUUAAGAAAACAUAUCCUUAUACAUACAGGUGAAAAACCUCAUGUAUGUGAUGUGUGUCGCAGGUCAUUUACAGGCAAGAGUGACUUAAAUAGACACAUUCUCACCCAUACAGGAGAGAAACCACAUGCAUGUGAGGUAUGUGGCAGGGCAUUUGCUGGAAAAAAUGAUUUAAUGAUGCAUCUUCUCACACAUACAGGUGAGAAAUCUCAUGUAUGUGAGGUAUGUGGUAGGGCAUUUGCAUUAAAGUGCAAUUUAAGGAAGCAUAUUCAUAUACACACUGGUGAGAAACCUCACCAGUGCAGCAUAUGCAGCACUACCUUUGCUGCUAAAAAUGAUUUAAAAAGACAUAUACUUAUCCACAGUGGUGAAAAGCCUUUUAUAUGUAGUGUAUGUAACAAAGCGUUUGCAGGAAAAUAUCAAUUAAAGAAACAUAUGUGUACACAUGAAAGUAAGAAAUGUAAACAAGGCAAUCAGAAAAUGUUAUGUAAGGAGCAUGGCAUAAAUAUUAAUCAAAAACAAGAUGGUGAGAAAAACCAACAAGUUAUUGAUGGGAAGUUAGCCAGAAUACAAGCUAUUAGUGUGGAACAAGACUAUACUUACUCAAAUAAUGAAGACGGAUUAGUUAUUAAUAAGAAACUUGAAGAAGAUGUGGGUAAAAGGCAAGGCAUUGUAGGAGAAUUUAUUUAUGGACAAGAUAUUAGUGCAGAAUAAGACCGUAUAUGUAAACAAUAUAAGUGUACCUUCCUGAGCUUGAUACACUUAAUUGAGAUUUAUGUUUUCUAAUCUAUAAGCAAAAUACUGGUAGAAAAACUGGACAGUGUAGAACAAGCCUAUAAUGCAAGGACACAAGCAAGAUAUUGAUAGAGAGCAGAAUAUUGGUAUAAAAUUGAUUGAAGGUAAAGGUAUCGUCUAUGGGAUAAGACACUGGUGUCGAAAAGUGCACGAGUAUCUCCCAAAGUGAGAAACACAAGAUCUCAAAUGGAAAAUUGGUAAAGAAACUACAGAAUGAGACGUUGGUGUUGAGCAACUUUGCAGAGAAGAUAGAAAUACAGUUUUUGCUACAAAAUUAUCAAAGGGAGCAACUGCUUUAAAUCUGACCUUUUUAAAGCAAGCAUCAUGAAAUAUCGAUCUGUAGAAAAGAAAUAAAAACCUGCCUCACGAUGCAUCUGCAUCAGCUUUGGUGCCAGCCACACUGAAAGGCUAGCAUUCUUCUAUCUGACCUAAACAAUAAGUGAAGCUCCAGUAUUGCAAUGCCUAUAUGUCAUUUUAUUAGAUUUCAACUAAAAUCGAGAAAUUUGUGAAAUACAGAAUUGCCAAAGUAUCAACAUUUCUGGAUCUCAAGCUUUGUACUGUAUAUGAAAAUGUUUUAUAAAUCAAAACUUUCAGAAAAGUAGAUUGUACAAACUAGAAAAUGGUUUUAGAUUACAUUGUAUAACUAUUAUUUGCCUCUAUCAGGAAUGUGUUAAUACAGUUCAGUUUUUCAGAAAUGCAUUAUAUGUCAUGUAUUGUAAUGUAAUGCGGAAUUGUGUUUAAAAUUAUGUUACAAAUUAGCAAAAAUACCCAUAAAUAACUAUGCUUAUGUGAACAAUGUCAUAAUAAUUCUUUGAGUACACUACUUUGAGUACAUAAAUAGUGUCACUUCAGAGAAAAAAUAAAUUUUUGUAAAUGGAUACAUAAUUACUGUUUUUAAUAUUUGAUAAAUAUAACAAUAUUUGAACACAUACAAAAUUAUUUUUACUGAGGGAUGUGCAAAUAUAUUAGAAUAUUACAGGGCAUUUAUGCAAAUAUUUACUAAUGCUUUGUAAAUCAUGCUACUUAUUUAUAUCUGUGUUUAUAUGACGUAUGUUAAAAAAAUUAAAUUUCUGUUUUUGUGA